AUGAGAGAACCAGAGGAGAGGUCUGUUCGGCGUCUGAAGUAUCUUCAGCCUAGUGAGUCGUUCCCACUGGGCUCUGAAGUGCAGCCCGUGGGCCUUCCAGAAGCUGGCUAUGACCCUGCGAGUGUCCUCGCCGUUACUGUGACGGGCUGGGGUCAGUUAGCCUCCGGUGGCACCUUCCCAACAGUCCUGAUGAAGGUGGACGUCAAUAUCGUCGACCGCUCUACUUGCCAGGAUAACUUCAUUGGUGUCAACACAGUAACGAAGCGUAUGGCGUGCGCUGGCGAUGAGGGCCAGUCUGUCUGCCACGAAGACCCCGGAGGUCCACUCGUCAGUGGUUCCACACAGGUGGGCAUCGUCUCAUGGGGAGGACCCACAUGCGACGACCAUGACGCCGUAUUCACCAACGUUGGAGAACUCCGCUCUUGGAUCACAGACACUACUGGAGUGUAA